AUGAGCAAUCGAUGCAGCGCAUAUUUGCUAACAAUACUCCAGGUGCUAUUUGCCUCGGCCCUACCUUUUCGUCAAUUGUUUGGUCGGUCAAGCGAUUUGGAUCCUGCAUGCAGUCGAGGUGAUGAAGAUGUUUAUGGUGGUGGCUUGCUAACAUUUGCGUCCGUUUAUCCAGGCGCCGAUGCAACCCUUACGACUGGCGAUAGCCUCGACUCAGACAAUGCACCGGUUGCGCACGAAGCAGACGUCGAAUCACAAAGCUAUUCGUCUGCGAUCACGUUUGCCGAUCCGCAUCUUAGUAUCCAGACGAUCACCAUCACCGCAUUGCCUUCCUCACAAGUUCCUACUGUGACGUCUGCCAGCCAAAGCUUUCCAGACACUACAGGAUCACUUAUUACUACUCUUGAAACUGAAGGGAAUCCUCCUGUACAGCCAUUUCCCACAAGUGUUCAGACUGUUGCCUCGCCCACAUUAGAGCCUUUGAACAACACUGGCCCUUUUGGCAGUUCAACAGCGAUCAGUGCGCAGAGUACAGUGACCGAGACCAUCACAUUGCCGUUGACCACUUUCGAAAGUCUCUCAACUACACAAACCGUUGCAACCGUGGCUGUGGAAACGACUGCUGUUAUCACUGCUGUUACAGUCCUCAACACCACUAUUACUGUCGAUGGGUCCAUUGUGGCGACAUCGUCCGCAGGCACCACGGUCUUUACCACAACCGGGACUGACCUUGUCGAGACCACUUUGACGGCGUCAUCAACAGUGACUGGGACGGUAGCGACUACCUUGACAACGGCCCUCGGUUCCAUCUCAAAUCUCCCUACGGUCAGUCCGAAUUGCUUGUUGGGCAUGGGUUGCUCUGGACAGGACAUUUUUCAACCUGUUGCGCUAGGACAACCUCCCAAUAACAUUGAACAAAGAGGCGGACAUCCUGUUCCGCGGCUUGGAAUUGUGGAUGCUGGGGGCCCAAUUGAGACCAACAAAUUCUACCAAAACUUCGUGCUGGGCUCCCAAGGUUCCCCUUGCUUUGUGAUGCCCUACUCUCUGGCAUGGAGCAAAGGAAGCGGGAAUGCCUUGAGCUGGGGAAUGGCAAUAUCACACCUGGACGACAGCCAGAAGCAUUUUGGGCCGAACAAUACCGCUAUCCCAAAUGCACCGGCAUCUUACUACAUCAAUGGGCUCGGGAUCCAAUCAGUGAUCCUGUCCGCCGUUGAAUUUGGCUCAAACACAGUUCUGACCACAGAUUCCUUGCUGGCUUUCUCCGCCAACGUUCGCCUUCAGCCGUCAUCUGGCUCACCUUCAGUACUGACCAUGCCGGUGGUCCAGGGUAUGGCGUUUGUCACGGGGCAAUACAUCAAUCUGCAGCCAGCGAUACAAAGCAGUGUUUUCUUCCGGAACGUUGCGGCAGCAGGUGAACCAAAACCGGGUAUCUUCAAAUACAGAGUUACUUUAGAAGAUGGAAAAUUGUGGCUGAUCUAUGCAAUACCAGCCAAUGGACUCACCCCCAAUUUCCAGCUCGUCUCAAGUACCGUUCUCCGAGGCCUGCCGAAUUGGUACGGGGACAUACAGGUUGCAAAGCUCUCUGACGAUAGCUUGGAGUCCAUCUAUGAUGACGCGGUCGGCGCCUAUCCAACUGCCGGACAUGUUUCUGGCUUUGCAGAGAACACGACCGCUCAGUACAGCUUGUCCUGGUCCAAGGGCGGAGUAUAUUCCAGCAACACGACUCUUCUCAUGUUUGCGCUCCCUCACCACCGUGACUCCUUCGACUUCUCUACUCAGUGUAAUGUCACGGCGAUUGAGCUAGCUACCACGACCAAGGGCAACGCGACGGCUGUUGUGGGUGACUAUUGGGUAUUGGAGGAGCAAAAUCUCCCAAUCUCUCUGGGAUUCGCACCAUGGCGACCAGGGAAUUCCCCGAAUUUUCACGGCGCGAGUACACUCUCUCCUGCAGCGCUUUCCAUCAUUCAGACCGUCUCUGCUACCGAAGCCUCUCAGAACAUGUCGGUCCAAACAAACCUCAACAGUAUGUAUUACAGUGGCAAAGCGCUGAGUAAAUUUGCGCAGCUUGUUUACACCAUGCAUGAUCUCGCGAACCAGCAAGAUCUGGCCAACGCCGCAUUACUUGAGCUUGAAAGCUGCUUCGACGUCUUCACAAAUAAUCAACAACAGUUUCCCUUGCUCUACGACACAGACUGGAAGGGCCUUGUGUCCUCGGCGAGUUAUGUGACGGGGGAUCCUGGCGUGGACUUUGGAAACUCGUACUACAACGACCACCACUUUCACUAUGGCUACUUCCUCCACGCCGCCGCUGUCAUCGGCUACCUCGAUCCGACGUGGCUCAAUCAGAACAAGGACUAUGUGAACGCUCUAGUUCGCGACGUCUCCAAUCCCAGCGUUCUGGAUCAGUAUUUCCCAGUCUUCCGAUCCUUUGAUUGGUAUCACGGACACUCUUGGGCCAAAGGGCUUUUUGAAUCGGGCGACGGCAAGGAUGAAGAAUCGUCUUCCGAGGAUGCCAUGUUUGCGUACGGGUUGAAGAUGUGGGGCAAGACAGUCGGUGAUGCCUCCAUGGAAGCUCGGGGGAAUCUGAUGCUCGCUGUUCUGGCACGAAGCCUACAGAACUACUUCCUGAUGACAUCGGACAACACCAACCAGCCUGCGGCUUUCAUUGGCAACAAAGUCACCGGCAUCCUAUUUGAGAACAAAGCGGAUCAUGUCACCUACUUUGGGACUGAUCUGAGUUAUGUCCAAGGCAUCCACAUGAUUCCUCUCAUGCCUUUCUCGACGUUGACUCGGACGGAACAAUUUGUGACAGAAGAAUGGAUCACGUAUUUUGCAGAUGGCGCCGUUCGACAGGCUACAGACAUUACUGGUGGCUGGAAGGGCAUUGUUUAUGCGAAUUUGGCCAUCAUCAAUCCGACAGCAGCGUACAAUUUCUUCACUCAGCCUAGUUUUGACAUGGGUUGGAUAGAUGGUGGAGCAUCUCUGACGUGGUACAUUGCAUUGAGUGCUCUGUUGGGAGGCGCAUAG